AUGAGGACGAUCUCCAACGCCCCGCCCGCGCGCCGGAGCACGGCUCCGCGCGCACCGACAGGCCCCACGGCCACACCGGCGCCCCACGGCCACCCACGCGCUGUGUCCGCGAAAGCGACGCGCUCUGUCGUCCAUAGCGCGGAAGACCCGCGAAGAAGCAUCCACGACACGUCCAGCAGUCGGGAAACGCCCAAGAUUGCCUCGUCAGGCCGCCGCGGCACGCUGCAGGGCGCAGUAGCUCUGCUGCUCUCCGCGGCGCUGCCCGCCGCGGGCCCGGCGCCGUCGGCGCGCGCGCAGCAGCCCGUGGACGCAGAGCAGUUCCAGAGCACGCUCCCGCAGUCGCCCCAGGUCCAGGAGGCCCUCAAGUUCCCCGUUCAGGCGGUAACCAUCCAACCAGGUCUUGCGCCGGACCAAUCCAAAUACGACCCUCAAGACCCGGACCUCCGCCAGGCCGCGCUCGACGUCGAGGCGGCCCUCAGCGCCCCCGACGUGGAGUCCGAGGAGGCCGAGUGGACCGCCAUCAUCAACCGCUUCUCAAAGAUCGGUGACGACCGGCCGUGGAAGAACGACCUGCUCGGACGGGCGACGGGGAACCGCGGGAACGCGCGUUCGCGGCAGGGGAAACUGAAGGACGCGCUCGUGGACUACGCGGAGGCGAUCAAGCUGUGUCCGUGGAGCCCCGAUCCGGUGCUGAACCGCGGCGUGGCGCUGGAGACGCUCGGGCGGUUCAGCGAGGCGGAGCGCGACUACCGCGCGGUCGUGGCGGUCAGUCCGAACGAUCCCGCGGCCUGGAACAACCUCGGCAACGUCAGCCUCGCGUCGGGCGACUACGAGAGCGCCGUUGACUUUUACGGCAAGGCGGUGGCGCUGACGGGGCCCGCGGACUUCGCGUUCGCGUCCGCGAACCUCGCGCUGGCGACGUACGAGACGGGCCGGCGCAACCAGGCCGUGAAGCAGAUGCGGGCGCUCCUGCGGCGGUUCCCGGAGUUCACAGACAUGCGUGCGGCGCUGGUGGCGGCGCUGUGGCGCGACGGGCUGGAGGGGCAGGCGGAGGCGGAGUGGAGCCGCGUGGACGACCCGCGGUACAAGGACGUGGACUGGCUCACGCGGUUCCGGAAGUGGCCGCCCAGCGUCACGCGGGACCUGUCGGCGUUCCUGUCCCUCAAGAGCGUGUAA